AUGAAACUUUUCAGCUUUUUCGCCAUUUCCGCACUCGCCCAAGAAAACGAGUGGGACGAUGACUACCUUGAAUUUGACGCUGCCGAGUUUUACGGAAACAAGCUCAAUAUUGCUAGAAACCCAGCUGCUAGAGAAAUUGCCAAUGUUCCUGUUUGUUGUGACACCCUUAAGAAUAUUCUUCCUCCGCUGGAGACAUCGCUCUUUCCUUCGACAAAGAACUCGCCCGCUGGGUCCUUCACAAAAAAAGACGACAAAGACAUGAUCCGCGGCUACUCUUCCGACGAAGCACCAAAAGUCUCCUGCCCCGAACAGUCCGGCUUCAUGAUCUGGGACGGCGAAAACUUCACCGAGCCCGACCUUCAAGAACCCUGGAGCCCGUACAUCGUCCCAAGCAACUUUUUGGAAUGCGUCCCUGAAGAAUUCUCUGCUCACGAUCUAUCAGACGCCCUUGUCAGCAAAUUCUGCGGAUUCACUGAUGACUCGAGAUUGUGUGGAGAAGCCAAGCGAGCCGUUCACAUGACUUUUGCUGAAUGGGAUGAUUCGACCGAUUCCUUCCUCAAGCCUGAUACACUUAUGAGAGUAAAAUACGUCGAAAACCUUGACCAAUGGCACGCUCUUCUGAAGACCGUCAUCAUCCGACGAACCUGGUCUUCUGCUCCAGACGUUCAGGAUGCCCUCAAUCACUUCAUCCGCGAUUUGGUCAACCGAACACGAGCCGAGUACUCCUCUCAGCCCUGGGCGGCAGAGGAUCCUCGAUUCCUCUGGCUCAAUGCUCAGAACUAA